AAGCGAAUCCCCGCCCUCCUACAACAUAACCAAAACUCUCAACGGCCCACCUGCCUGUCUCCUUCCACCGUCACUGUCACCGUCCCCGACGACAACAAGGCCCCCGCCGUCGACUGACAACUGACACCGACGAAGACACCAUGGCGUCGCUCAAGGAUCACUCUGUUCAGGCGUCCAUGCCCUCUUCGACCUCGCCUCCGCUUUACAAUAUACCCAUGUCGUCGCUGCUAGUUCCAGCUCCGGGGACAACGACCUGGUUUUACACCACUGUUGCCAUCCUAAUGUCGUUGCUCAUCCUUGAGCAGACAGUUUAUCGGUACAAAAAGCGUCAUUUGCCCGGUGACAAGUGGACCAUUCCUAUCAUUGGCAAGUUUGCAGAUUCGAUGAAGCCUACCAUGGAGGGGUAUAUGAAACAAUGGAACUCGGGUGCGCUCAGUGCGAUCAGUGUCUUCAACAUCUUCAUCGUCAUGGCAUCGACGAAUGAGUUUGCUCGCAAGAUCCUCAACUCACCUACUCAUGCUGAACCCUGUCUUGUUCACUCGGCCAAAACCGUUCUCCUUCCUGACAACUGGGUGUUCCUUACUGGCAAGGCUCAUGUCGACUACCGCAGAGGCCUCAACUCGCUCUUCACUCGCAAAGCUCUCUCGAUGUAUGUCGACAUUCAAAACGUUAUUACCAGGAAGCAUUUCGCCGAAUGGCUCGAAGAGGCCAAGAAGGACCCUUCCGCCAAGGCAAUCAUGAUGACUGCACGAAACCUAAACAUGGAGACCUCCCUGCGCGUAUUCUGCGGUGACCAUCUUCCCGACGAAGCCACGAAGGAAAUCAGUGACAAGUACUGGGCCAUCACCGUCGCUUUGGAGUUGGUCAACUUCCCUUUGGCUCUUCCAGGAACGAAAGUCUACCGUGCAUGCCAAGCGCGAAAGGCCGCCAUGAAAUGGCUGGAACUUGCAGCUAAGCGGAGUAAAGAAGCUAUUGCGAACGGCGCAGAGGUCGGGUGUAUGCUGGACCAAUGGGUGAAGGAUAUCACCGAGCCGAGCUACAAGGGACGCAGGGACUUCAGUGAUCGUGAGAUGGCCAUGGUCGUAUUCUCGUUCUUGUUCGCAAGUCAGGAUGCCAUGAGUAGCGGAUUGAUCUAUGGGUUCCAGCACCUUGCUGAUCAACCUGAGCUCUUGGAGAAAAUCAGGGAGGAACAGAUGAGAGUCAGAGGUGGGGAUCCCAACAGGCCAUUGACGAUGGAGAUGUUGGACGAUUCGCAUUAUUUGAGGGCGUUCGUCAAGGAGACGUUGCGUGUAAAGCCUCCGGUUACUAUGGUUCCCUACAAGACGACCAAGGCAUUCCCGAUCUCCGACGAUUACACUGUUCCAGCCAACAGCAUGGUCAUUCCCUCCUUCUACAACUCUCUCCACGAUCCCGAGGUCUAUCCCGACCCCGACACAUUGCAACCCGAACGAUGGCUCGAUCCUAACGGGAGUGCAAACCAGAACCCACGGAACUACUUGGUAUUUGGCAGUGGUCCGCACAAGUGCAUUGGCUUGGAGUACGCAGUGAGCAAUAUCGCAUUGGUACUUGCAGAUGCGUCCAUGAUGAUGGAGUGGGAACAUGAGGUAACGCCAGUGAGCGAUAAAGUCCAGAUCAUCGCUACCUUGUUCCCUCAAGACGGUUGCAAGCUGAAGCUCCGCCCUCGCCGAGCAUGAGCUCUAAUUUCCAACGUUCCAAUGUUGUCACGCUUGGAUUAAACGGUUUACCAUGACAAGACUAUUUUUCUCGACUCUCGCAUUCGUUGCAGCUGUGUUAAUUAUUCCAUUCAACCUUUGAUACCCUCGUUUCCGAUGCACUGGGUAUACGUACUCAACGUCAACCCCCAUUCCGUAUUUCAGAUACAGUUAGUACACGACCAUUGAUUAUGGCCAAACUUAGAGUAGAAGCAACCAAAUCCGUUAAUAUCAAUCGUUUCAUGACGCGUUGACCAACCAACCAUUUUGUUCCUGCUUGAGUUGGUUAUAGACGUAUAAGCCGAGGUGAAUGA